GUGCAGCGCAUGCGCAGCAGCGUCGGGGCUGAGGCCUAGUUCUGUUUGGGUUGCCCCGAAAGUAAGCGUGGCGACCCUCCGCAGCCGACCGAAGCGGGAACCAGGCCGUCCCAAGAAAAGCUUCUCCCUACACGGUAUCCUCGCUCUGACCCAGCAGCUGCUCGUGCCUAUUUACCACCUUCCCUUCGGCCUUUCCCACGAUCCCAGCCCACAACAACCCUGCGAGUGCCACUACUUCUUGGCAGCAUCUUGGAAUCCAGUCAUUUGUUCAACUGGGCCAUUAAUUUGCUCUAAGAAUAGGAAGAGAAAAGUUUGCAGAAAGAAAUCAAGCAAUGAGCUCGCCCUCUUCCUCUCCCUCCCUUGCCUUCCUGCUGAGCUGCACCCCUGGGCUAUUAUAUCUUAGAGAAGCCUUGAGAAGGAUAUGCAAAACGAAAAGGAACACACAGAAGGCAAAAGGCACUGAUUUCAUUCUGCUGGAUUGCAGCAAAAAGGUGCUGUGCAGGAAGACCAAGGUGCAAUUUGGCAGCCAUUCAGAGGAGUAGGUAGUACAUUGCUUGGUAGGUAGCAUGGAGAACUUUCUCAAAAGUAGCUGUGGUGAAAUCCCUGGAUAUUAUAACCUUUUUCAUAGCUGCAGAUCCGCUCCUGCUAUCUGAUUAUGUCAUGCCAGUUCUGCAGUUAACCAGACAUUCUGCAUUGCAUAAGACUUCUUGGAAGGAAAAUACAGAUUUGGCCCGUUUCUCCUUCCACCAAACCAUAAAACCUGCUGCAUGCAAUGCUGUUAACAAACCAAGCUUAUGGAUUGUUACCGGUUGCACCUUCCUGCUUCUGUCUUGCAGCUGGAAAAGUCCCCUUCGAUUUCUUUUGAUGCCUCCAUCAAGUUUAUUACGCUUGACCACCCCUUUGAUCGUCCAACGGAGCAGCUUCCCUCGGACACCAAGGCUUGGAGAGAAGCGCUUCUUACUGGGCCAGUGCCCUGGACUGUGGUUUCUUGAAGCAGGAAAGAAGAGCUCCAGCGAUCUUCUUCCUCUGAACGAAGCCGACUUGGAAGAACAGUUUGUCCGGGGCUUUGGGCCUGGAGGCCAAGCCACAAACAAAACCAACAACUGUGUGGUUCUGAAGCAUCUUCCAUCAGGGAUUGUAGUCAAGUGCCAUCAGACGAGGUCCCUAGAGACAAACCGCUUGAAAGCCAGAGGGAUCCUCCAGGAAAAAGUCGACAUUUUCUACAAAGGCCAGGCCAGUGCUGUGGUGCAGGAGAAACAGGAGUUGGAGAAGAAAAAGGAAGAAAAGAGGCGGCAAGCAAGGAAGAACCUUGAAAGGAAAAGGCAUUUGAAAGAAAUGCAUGCCCUGGAGGACAAAUAGGAACGUGGACAGCAUUGGUUACCGUUUUCUUGUAUUUGUGGUCUACUCUGAUGCCUGUUUCUCAUUUUUUAAAGAAAAAGAAGUGUUUGGGACUCAGCAGAGGGAAAUACAAUCCGUGCUUUCAUUAUUAGUGUGAUGGCACCGUUAUUAUUUUUUUCCCUUUCACUGGGGACAGGGAGAUCAUCGCCGGUGGCAGAGGACUGCCUCUCAUUUUCCGGAGCCUAGAUCACGGCAUUCUUUGGAAUCGGACAUAAUUUAUUUCUCCCUCUCUCCCUGCAUAUCCUUUCACGGAACUUUGAAAGAACAAACUACGGUUUGUUUGCAAUUAUUUGGUGGCACGCAAAGGGGCCACCUUCCAGCUUGGUCCCUGUGAUACUAAACUGUAUCUCCACUGGGCCGCUUUUAUGCAUUUGAUCGGACUCAAAGCAGGGAACAAAGUAUGUUGCAUUCAAAACAGAUGAGAAAAGUGCACAACCUGCCAGAGUCGGUGGAGCGGCAAGGCAGAAUUAUGUUCUGGAACGCAGCAUUGUGGGCAUGGCAUUGCGUUGUUUAAUCAGAAAAAGAUGGAUCCUCUUUUAGGGGCCAUCCCUGCAGGCUGGAAUGAUUCUGAAUGUACAUUUACUUUCAUCUUCUCAAUCUUCUCCAUCACCAGUCUCCUAUGUUUGUCCUCUUGUAAUAAUUUUAAUUGCUUGUACAUCUGCCGGGCUUUAGAUGUAAAUGGCUCCCCACGGUUUAACAACAGAAAUUACUGAAAAUAAGCUUUAUUACGUCAAGUAAUAAAUACAUACAAAGAUGCAAAGUUAC